UUACAAGAAUUGUGUAGUUUUUCAGCCUUUGUAUUUUGCGCCAAAGUAACCGUUAGACAGGUUAUGAUUUUUCAAUUCAAGAGAGUUUCAUUCAGCAUUAUUGAAUAAGAAUGUAAUAAUAACCUUAUUAUUAUUGUUCAACUAUAUUAGUUUAUUAUAAAUAUUACUGUCCACUCACUCUCAACUGUGUAUAUUUAUUGAUUUUAUAAUUGAACUAAAUCACAUUGUUCAAAAUGUUUGGACAAUCAGGAAACACAUCAUUUGGAUUCAAUUCAUCUGCUCAAAGUAGUCCAUUUGGUCAAUCAGCAUUUGGCAAGCCCAUUUCUACUACGAGCUUCGGGACAACAUCAGCUCCAGUUUUUGGCAGCACAAAUCAAUCACUUUUUAGCGCAAAACCUGCAGGUGCUACAACUGGAGGAUUAUUUGGAAAUAGUACAGCUACACCAGGAUUUGGACAACCAGCAACAACACAGUCAUCAUUUGGAGCUUUCGGAACUACUGGCGCAAAUACAAGUUUAUUUGGAGCUCAGCAAAAUGCUAACACAAAUCUAUUUGGUACUAAUAAUACCACAUCAGCCUUUGGACAAUCUAAUAAAACAACGGGAUUCGGAGGAUUUGGAGGAACUAGUACAAGUCUUUUUGGCCAACCUCAACAAACUGUUCAGCAAACUACACCUUUUGGUCAAACUAACACAACUGGUAAUACUAGUCUCUUUGGUACUCCCUCAGGAUUUAGAAGUGGUACCAACACAGGAAGUGGUAUUGUAGGAACAACAGUAAAGUUCGUUCCAGUUACUGGUGCAGAUACAAUGGUAAAAAAUGGCGUUCCUCAGAAUAUAUCUACAAAACAUCAUUGCAUUAUGGUUAUGAAAGAGUAUGAAAAUAAAUCACUAGAAGAAUUACGUCUUGAAGAUUAUACAAAUGGUUUGAAAGGACCAAGCCAACCAGGACAAACCGCUAGCCUAUUUGGAACACCAGCACAAGCUUCACCUUUCGGAAAUACGGGCACAAUAACUAGCACAGUUUCUAGUGGUUUUGGAGCAAUGACUAGCGGAUUUGGAGUUAACAAUCAGUCAAAUACAACAGGUGGAUUGUUUGGAAAGUCAGUAACUGGUUUUGGUGCUCCUGCAACCACUACUAAUACUUUUGCUUUUAAUCCAACAACAUCAACCAGUCUUUUUGGUGCAAAUACUCAAGCUAAGCCAUUUGGAGCGGCUGCACCAACAACGCUUUUUUCAACCUCGAAUACUAAUCAACCAGCAUCUGGAUUUGGUACGAUGAAUAAUACUCAAAAUACGAGUUUUGGUUUUGGGACAACUCAACAGAAUCAAAAUAUUGGAUUAUUUAAUCAAAAGCCAUCAGCUUUUAAUAUCUCUUCAGCUACACCUAAUACUGGAAAUGCUUUUGGACAACCAGCCGCAGCAAAUACCAAUACUAAUUUAUUUGGAACUAAACCUGCUGGAUUUGGAACUGGGUCCACAUUUGGUACGACUUCUACGCCAGCAUUUGGAACAAAUACUGGUUUUGGAACAACACAAAAUACCAAUACUUCAAAUCUUUUCAACACUUCAUUUAAACCUGCGGGUCAAACAAGUUCUUUUCCAUUCGGUUCAACACCUGCUACCUCAACAGGUCUUGGAACUAAUACUGGUUUAGGGCUAGGUGGAACAAAUUCAUUAUUUGGUCAACCAAAACCCGGAAGUAUUUUUGGCAACACGGGUAGUGGAUUUAAUUUCAAUAAUUCAGGGACUUUCGGAACUUCUGGCACGUUUGGUAAUACCACAAAUACUGCUCCAAAUUUAGGAAUGAAUUUAUUGAGCGGUGGAGUUGGAACAAAUCCAGUUCAACAGAAUCCUUCAUCUGUUCCAGUUCAUCAACAAAUUCUAGCAUUGGUAUCAACACCUUUCGGAGACUCUCCACUACUUAAGAAUCUUUUACCUGCUUCAGGAAAAUCUGAAGAAUUAUUAAAACCCACCAAUUCAAGUAUAAAAACAUUAAAUGGUUCACAAUAUAAAAUUUCUACGACAAAUUCACCUAAAGUGAAAGCUCGAGUAGUUACUCCAGUACAAUUAUCGAAAAAAUCAUUAUUUGAGGGCCUUGAAGAAGAAGACCCAACACUGCUUGAAGCUUUUCAACCUCGUCCUAAUGCUAAACGUUUAGUUUUACGUCCAAAAAGGCAAUCUAGUCCUUCAGGAACACCAACUGAUAAUGGAAAUAUUAUACAAAAUAAUGAAACUAUAGAAGGAAGUGUUGAAGCAUCAUCUUCAUGUAGCAAUGAAGGAGAAAUAGUUGAUAAAGAAAAUAAUCAACAAAUCAAUCGUCAGUCAACUGGAGAUAGAAGAUCUUCAUCAACAUCAUGGUUAAAAUCGCAUAUACCACGAGUUACUAAAAUGAAUGAAGAAGAAGAAUUUGAUGGUCAAAAAUCUCCGUUUAACACAUCAGAAAUCCCUGAAGAAGUUUUGGAAAACACAAUAAGUGAAUUUCGUACUCAUUCGGGUAAUUUAAAAACUAAAGCACAAUUAAAUAAUUCAUUGAAGCAACAGCAAUUAAGCAAUAAAAGUGCUGGAGAUUCUUUACUAUUGAACGAUUCCAGUCAUGAUCUUGAUGAAAGUUCACUUCCGGCUCUUCAGCCACAUAAACCAAAUUUAGCAAAAGUCACUUUAAGACGUGUUGGAUACUAUACAAAGCCUGCAAUAGAACAAUUGGAUGAAUAUGUGAAAGAUGAUUCUGUGUUUCCUACCUGUAUUGUUCCUAAUUUUACUGUGGGUAGAACAGGAUAUGGUGAAGUUUUUUUCCCGGAUUCUUUUGAUAUAUACGGAUUAAAUCUUGAUGAGAUAGUCCAUUUUCGUCAUAAAGAGGUAGUUAUAUAUCCAGAUGACGAAAAAAAACCUUCAGUUGGUCAAGGUUUAAAUAGAAAAGCUCAAGUGACUUUACAUUCUGUAUGGCCCCAUGAUAAAAAUCUUCAUGAACCAAUUACUGAUCCUGAUCGACUUAUUGCUAUGAAUUAUGAAGGGAAAUUACGUAGAGUUUCAGCAAAACAUGACACAAGAUUUUUGGAGUAUCGUCCAGAAACUGGAUCUUGGGUAUUUAAAGUUGAUCAUUUUUCAAAAUAUGGAUUAAGUGAUUCCGAUGAUGAAGACGAUCUACCAAUAGAUCAGAAAAAACUGUUGAAUUUGAAACUUAAAAUGUCAAUGGAUCAACAAAAAAUGACCCAAGUAAUUUCACUUAAUCAGAAACAAGCUCCUCCUACAAAUGUUAUUAAAAAUAAAUUAAAAGCUAAUGAACAAGUUAAUAAAUAUAAUGGUCAAGUACCAUCAGAAAAGAGAGAUGAAGACACGACUUCUUCUUUUACUGUUAAUGAUGAUGAAGAUAAUAGAAGUAUGAACAUUACAGAUAUUCAGAAAGAUUUAAAUGGAGAUCAAACAUCAGCCUUAAGUCCAACAUCCAUUUAUGCUCGUCUUGCAGGAACAGAUAGUCAUAAACUUCAAUUAAUGAAAGCUAGUUUUUUUGAUGAUAUGGGAGAUUCGGCUGAACAAGAGCAUUUUGAAAGUACUGAGCUUCCAUUAAAACGUUUACAUACUUUUGAUACCCGAGAAAACGGACUUGAAAAAAUAUCAUCUAAUAUGUACACCAGCUCUCGAUCAAAUUAUAGAAUUCAUCAGAAUACAUACGCAUCACCUGAAGAGACUUUAUUAGAAAAAAAAGAAAUAAAAUAUAAUAGAAACCAGAAGAAACAUGAAAAAAUCCAAGAAACUAUAGUUAAUAAAUAUUUCCCUCCUCCGAUUAUUAAACCAGCAACACGAGUAUUAAAGUAUCACUGUGAAGUCAUUCCAUUAGAAAAAUCAAUUUGCAAUAAGUUAAAGUUCCAUACAAUCGCUGAUAUUAGUAUUCAAAUGGGUAGAAAAUUUAAGCCUAGUUGGGGUCCUGGGCUCACUUUAGUAUCUUUGAGUACUCAAGAGCAAGCAGCAAAAGUACCUCUCCAAAAUAUAUUUGGUCAAAUAGAAACCUACAUUGCAGGACGACUUGUAGAUGAUACUACAUCAACUAAUAUCGUUCAACGUCUUCAAAUUCUCGGUGGAAACAGAGCAGAUUCUGAUUACAUUCGAUUAUUCAAAGAAAGUAUAGAAGAGCAUCUCCAAAUUCAAUUGAAUCAUUGUAUUAUUGGGGAAGAAAAUGGUUGUCGUUGGAUUCGUGUAGGAAAUCAAGAUACUGGUCUUUCUGCUCUUCACAAACACUGUGCUUUAGCUCAAGAUAUAGCUGAUAAUUUAGCUGACAAUGUAAAUGCUGACAAAUUAGCAUCUUAUACAGCUGAUGUAUGGCAACUAUGUGUAGCUCUUUGGGGUAAUCUUUCAGCGUUAAUUCCAGGUUCUGACAAAGAAAGUCAUGAUCAUAUGAUGAUAAGACGAGAAGCUUUUGGAAAUUGGUUAAAGUCUGUAGUCAGCGAGACUGUUCAACGUGAAAUAGCAGAGAUAAAUCAAGAAGAUCAAUUAAUAUUAUCAUUACUUUCUGCAAAUAAAUUGGAGGAAGCUUGUGAACGUGCCAGAAAAAUUGGAGAUUAUACAUUGGCUAUUUUAAUGGCUCAAUUAGGUGGAACAGCAGCAACUAAAGAAUUAUUGAAACAAACUAUUGCACUUUGGCAAGAUAUUGAUAUUCUUAAAAAUAUGUCAGAAGCACGAUUGAAAAUAUACAUGCUUAUUGCGGGAGAACAAUUGAUUAUGUGCAACGACAAAAUUGUUAAUGUUUGUGAGGAUUUAGAUUGGAAAAGAGCUUUAGCUCUUCAUCUUUGGUAUUUGUCAUAUUCAACUGCCUCAAUUACCGAUGUUCUCGAGCUCUAUGAAAGUACUUUCGAUGUUGAUCCAUCAGAAAUAUGUGCUGCAGCUCCCCUACCCGAUUAUAAAGAAGAAUUUGAACCAGAAAUGAUUAAUGGCAAGAAAACAUUUGAUCUUUGUUUUCAUCUGAUGAAACUUUACUGCACAGGCAAUCAUUCGCUUGAAGAAUUACUUAAUCCUCUGACUCAUACAGCAGAUCCUCUUGACUAUAGGCUUAGUUGGCUUCUACAGCAAGUUAUCGUAGGUUUGGGAUACUCUCAUUUAUCAGAACAUGUCGCUACUUUGACUCACACAAAUUUUGCGGCACAAUUAGAAGCUCAUGAUCUUUGGCAUUGGGCUAUCUUCGUUUCUCUUCACAUAAACAACUCAAUAAUUCGAAAAACCGCUGUUAUCGAUUUACUUGCUCGACAUGUAAAGAUUGACGAAGAUUCUGACUAUAUUAAACAAGAGACGUUCUUGAAGGAUGAGCUUGGCAUUCCUUGUAAGUGGAUCAAUGAGGCGAAAGCUAUUAAAGGAUGUGCGUUGAAGAGAUAUGGAGAAGCAGCGUGGUAUUCACUUCAAGCUGAGCUAUGGAAUAAAGCUCAUGAAAUUAUUAUCGAACAUUUGGCAGCGGAUGCAAUAAUUAAUGAAAAUUAUGAUUAUUUAAAGUCAUUAUUGAAACCUUUAGUAAGUCAAGAAUGUAGUAGUGUUGUGAAUGGAUGGUCUUACCAAGGUCAACUACUGUGGGAUUACAUGGAAAUUGCAGUAGAAAUUGAAUUAUUCUUGAAGAAACCUGACUAUUCAAUAAUUGGAUAUAAAUUGGAACUUUUACAACCUCAAUUAAAUUCGUUAUGUGCUAAAAUUAAUCAAUUUCCAUGCCCUACUGCUAAACUUCGAUUAUGCCAAGCAGAAAUUGCUAAGAGAACUAUUCACCUCGCAAAAGGUAUUUUAUUACUUCAACCUCAUGAAGAAAAAUCAGCAGCAAAAGUUAUUGCUCGUUUAGUGUCCCAGUUACCACUUCCUGAAGAUUAUGCUCAGCAAGAAUUACGGCCAAUCGUUAACAUGUGUGCUAAUGAGAUUAUUGGUCAUUGAUGAUAAAAAAAAUUAUGUUAUGGGUAAGUAUCAUAAUUUUGAUAACUUCCUCAUAGAAAAUUACAUGUAAUAAACGAACGUUUAUCUUUUAAUGAAUUUAUAUU